CUUGUCUUUGUAAUCAGCUGUUUUUCAGUUCGUAUUAAGUGGCACUUUCGGAUACAUACAUUCAUAUUCUUCUCCUCUUAACUCGUGUUUUCGGAACACAGCACUCUUAAAAAGAUCAGAUUGGCUUGCGGAAUAUAUUCUCUCAAGUUUUGAGUUUUAUUAAGGAUUAAACAUUUACAAAUCAGUGAAAAGUCAUCAACAAAGUUAGCAAAGCCGUAACAAAAGGCAUUUAAAAUGUGUUAAAAUAUAAAAGUUUACGUGAUGCUGUCCAAAUUUAGCAAAUGCGCUCAAAACAGCAACAGCUUUUUGAUACUUCCCUUGAUUAUAUGGAAUAGCUCAAAGUCCAUGUUGCGUGUAGUGUGAAUGUGAAAUGUUGCCUAAGAAUUUUUACAUUUUUAAAUCGAGUUUAAGUAAUUUAAAUUUAAGUAGAGUCCUUCGAAGGUGUCACAAUGAUGCUCGACAAGUAUCUAUAGGGAAUGUCACAUUUGAGAAAACUACAUUAGCUAAAAAUCCCGAAUAUGUUCCAAAGAAAUUCAUUGACUUUACUAGUGACGGUGUUCAAAAGAUCCCAAAUACUACUUUACAUCACUUACGAUGGAUGAUACAGAAGGAUAAUAUUAAUCAAGACAUUUUCUUGAUUGGAAGACCUGGAAAGUACAAAAGACAAAUUGUCAUGACUUAUCUCCAGCUUACAAAUCAAGAAUGUGAAUAUGUAAGUUUGUCACGAGACACAACCGAGUCUGAUCUUAAACAACGACGAGAAAUUCUUAAUGGAACAUCAAUGUUUAUUGAUCAAGCUGCUGUAAAAGCUGCAAAGAACUCUCGAAUUUUAAUUAUUGAUGGAAUUGAAAAAGCUGAAAGAAACAUUUUGCCGAUUUUAAACAACUUGCUCGAAAAUCGGGAAAUGCAUACUGAAGAUGGAAAGUUCUUAGUAAGUUCGCAGCACUAUGAUAAUCUCCUAAGUGAGCAUGGGCAGGAAGCAUUAGAGAAAAUGGGUUUAGUAAGAGUAUCAGAGAAUUUCCGAGUUAUAGCUAUUGGAUUACCAGUGCCAAAAUAUCGUGGGUCAGCACUCGAUCCUCCUUUAAGAUCAAGAUUCCAGUCGAGAGACAUUACCAAUUUAACAUACCAUGAAGUUGUUGCAGACGUGCUUAAUGAAUGCCCAAACGUGCCCGUUGAUAAUUUGAAAAAAGUUGUAUCCUUUGGUUUUGGACUUUUGUCCAGCGAUUCCUCAACAAUGUCAUUUCCUGACUUUCCUUUAGACAACUUUAUUGAAGCUGGAAAAGUUCUUUCUAAUAAUCCGAAUAUUUCUGAAUAUGAGCUAAUUAAUCGUCUUUAUCCAAUCGAAACAAUUUUAUCUCCAGCACAAAAAGCAUCAGUUAAAACUUUAAUGGAAUCACUAAAAAUUGAAGUUCCAUCAAAGCCAAUUAAGCAGAAAAUCGUUAAUGUAGAGCAUAAAACUGAUCACUCAAUUGUUAAUAUCAAACGAUCAGGCUGGAUUAUGUCUUCAGAUGUUUCAAUCAACAUUCCAGCUAGCAUACAUCCAUACAAACUAAAUAAUGAAAGUUUCAUUGAAGUUGAUUCACAAUCGAAUUUAUUAGCUGAUGUAAUGCAAACCUAUGCUGUUGGAGAUUUAUGCUUAUUAGGAGCUAGAGGCUCAGGUAAAAGUGCAAUUACUAUGCAGCUAUGUAAAAUCCUUAAUCAACCAUUCGAGCAAGUUACAUUGUAUAAGGAUAUGAGUGCAAGAGAAUUAAUCCAGAGUCGAAAUACAAAAACUAAUGGUGAUACAGAAUGGAUUGAUUCUAGUCUUGUUAAAGCUGCAAAAAAUGGAACUGUAAUUAUUUUAGACGGUCUUCAUAGAUUACAUUCAAGUACAAUGUCAAUUCUUCAUAGAUUAAUUCAUGAUAGAGAGUUGCAGCUCUACGAUGGAUCAAGAUUGAUGAGAAGUGACAAAUAUGAAGAUUUAAAGAGUUUAGGGAUGAGUGAUGAGCAAUUAAUGGAAAAAGGCAUUUACAAGAUUCAUCCAGCAUUUCGUAUUAUUGCUUUAGCGGAACCACCAAAAUUAGAUGCAACGAAUUGGUUGACACCCGAAGUUCUUAGCACAUUUAUGUUUCACGAAGUCAACAGCUUAACGAAACAAGAAGAAUUAGAGAUAAUCACGAAACUUUAUGGCUCAAUUCAUCCAUCAAUGAGUAAAAUCAUUGACUUGUCACAAACAUUACGAGCAAAAAAAGAAGAUCCAAUGUUUAAGAACUUUGAAGAAUCUUUAUCGACCAGACAACUCCUUAGAAUUGCUCAUCGUCUAUCCCAAUAUUCUGAGAAUGGUGAUGAUGCAUCCAUUUAUGAAAUAGUUCAAAGUGUCUUUUUAUCAAAAUUUUUACCUUCUUUGCCGCGAGAAGUUCUUGAAAGUACCUUAAAGCAGCACGAAAUAAAUCCUGUCCAAAAGAGUUUAUCCAAGAAAAUUGAUAUCGAUAAAACAGACACAGAUUUAAGAAUUGGAAAGACCCAUGCAAAAGUUCAACCAAAAGACUUGACGCAUUCUAUGAAAGUACCUGAAACUUUAUUUUAUGACACGCCACAUUAUGUUGUUCUUUUGGAAAGAAUUCUUCAAGAUUUCUUACUUGGAUAUCAUUUAUGCUUAAUUGGUAAUCAAGGUGUUGGAAAGAAUAAGCUUAUUGAUCGAUUGCUGUAUCUUUUAAACUAUCCACGAGAGUAUAUUCAGCUGCAUAGAGACACAACCGUACAAACAUUAACAGUACAAUUUAAGGUUGAAGAUGGAAAAGUCAUUGCUGAAGAUUCACCAUUAGUUAAAGCUGUUAAGCAUGGUUAUGUGCUUGUUAUUGAUGAGAUUGAUAAAGCACCGAUUAAUGUCACUUGCAUUCUUAAGAGUUUAGUUGAAACUGGAGAGAUGUGGAUGUCUGAUGGACGUAAAAUUGUCUCAUCUGAUGUUGAUGUGGAUGAAUCGAAUGAAAAAAUAAUAAAGACACAUCCAGGAUUUAGGAUAGUUGUGCUUGCUAAUCGCCAUGGAUUUCCUUUUCUUUCAAAUGACUUCUUUGCAUCUAUGGGCCACUUGUUUGCAUGCUCAUCUAUUGACAAUCCUGAAGCAGAUUCUGAGAUUAAACUUCUUCAGCAAUAUGGACCCAAUGUUGAUAUUAAAAUGAUCAAAAAAUUAGUAAAUGCAUUUAGUGAACUCCGAUCAAUGGCAGAUACAUCGAAAAUUUCAUAUCCUUAUUCGACACGUGAAGUUGUGAAUAUUGUAAAGCAUUUAAACAAAUAUCCUGACGAGAAUCUUAGUGAAUUGAUAGGCAAUGUGUUUGAUUUUGAUCGUCAUGCACCGGAAUCAUUGGAACAAGUUACGAAUGUCUUGAUAAAGCAUGGCUUAGAUAUUGGAACGUAUGCUAACAAUGAAUUGACAGAAUUUAGAAGGCAGAAGAAAUUACAAGUUACUGUAAAUCAUUAUAGUGGAAAAGAUGUUUCAGCUCCAAAGCAUGGAAAAGUUGAUCCAAAUAAUGAUCCUCAUGUUGGAGGAAACACGUGGGCUGGUGGAAGUGGGGGACGUGAUACUGCUGGAUUAGGUGGAAAAGGUGGUCCGUAUCGCUUAUCAAGUGGAAAUCCAGUCCAUCAAUUAUCAGACCAAGAGAAAGAUGAUAUUCCCGAAGAUGUAAAACGUGCAGCACGUGCAAUGAACAGAAAAGCAUUUGAAGAAAAGUUGAAAGAAAUAAAAAUGUCGUCAUUCGACUUUAAUUUGUAUCAGCAAUUUAGUAGUCCAGUCAAGCCACAUGUUACUACUUUAAGAAACAUUUUGAGCACAUUAGAAGCAAAAGCUAAGGGGAGACAUUGGCAAAAGCACGUGACGUCAGGAGAAUUGGACGAUACUAAAAUUAUUGAAGGUAUUACAGGAGAAAAGAAUAUUUACAAAAUGAGAAAGGAUUUAGAUCCUGAGCCUGGUAGUGUCCAAGAGAAGCCAAAAUUACUAAGCAUUGUUGUAGACGUGAGUGGCUCAAUGUAUCGGUUUAAUGGAUAUGAUGGAAGAUUAGAUCGAGAAUUAGAAGCUGUUACAAUGAUUAUGGAAGCAUUUGAGGGAUUUGAUAAUAAAAUUCAAUAUCAAAUUAUUGGUCAUAGUGGUGAGAGCCCAAAAAUUUCAUUUGUGGAUUACAAACAUCAACCAAAGGACGAUAAAGCUAGACUUGAUGUACUAAAAUUAAUGUACACGCAUAGUCAAUACUGUUGGUCUGGAGACAAUACUUUGAAUUCAGCAAGAAUUGCUGUGGAUGAAAUUGCUAAAGAAGAAUCUGACGAAGCUAUUGUUAUAGUCCUUAGUGAUGCAAAUUUAAGCCGUUAUGCCAUCCCUCCUAAGAAAUUAUCAGAGAUGCUUACUAAGCAGGAGCCAAAAGUUCACGGACACAUCAUAUUUAUUGGAAGUUUGGGAGAAGAAGCAGCAAUGAUUAAGCAAACGAUGGCACAAGGAAAAGCAUUUUUAUGUACAGAAGACAUAGGAGAGCUUCCCAAGAUCCUCAAAACAAUUUUCCAAUCAUCACUUUUGAGACAAUCAUUCUAAGAGUAAUGUAAUUAUGUAAUUAUGUAAAUAGUUGUUGAGAAAUAAAGAGCUUAUGCUGCAUACACUAACG